CAAAAGUAUAUGUGCUGCCACCUGCAGGACGUUACCAUAGAAACGAGAUAAAGAACAUGUGAGAAUAAUUUUUUUCACUUCACUUCUAUUUUCCCCUUGUAUCACUUCACUUCAAUUGUUAAUAAUGGCUUCUUCCGACCCUUAUUAUUUUCUUAUUUCCUUUAAAAAUGGAUCUUAUACUUGUUUAAAAAGUCGAUAUAUUGAUGUUAAAAACCAUAACAAGCUUUAUAAAUUAGUGAAAAUGGAAAAAAAGGUUUCAGUUAAAGUUAAAACGCCGAAUUUUUUCUUCUAUGGGAUCGCUAUACUCACCGAAAAAAAUUUUGAAGAUUUGAAACAAUCGCCGCUUUAUGAAGGAAUACAACAUCAAGUAAAAAGUAUCUCUGAAGUUAACCGUGACAAUAAUGGAUACACCUUGGCAGAAAUAAUGGGAUUUCAAUUUAAACGCUUCUUUGAUGAAUAUGAAACAGAAACUGAGCUUUCUGAUGAGGAAAUUCAACCACGAAGGAAAAAAAGAAAGACUUCUGGCGCCGCUACAGAUAAGAAACAGGACGAAUCUAAAUUCGUCGCUAAUACAGAGGAUACAGAUAAAUUUGCGGAGUUAAUUGAGAAACAAGUAGCUACUCGAUAUAUGGCUCAUGACAAGUUUUCAAAGAUUCAAGCUGACUUGAAGAAAAAAGCUCAACAGUUUGGGCCAAGUUUAGAUGAUUUUAUCGGUGAAAUAGAGGUUGAAAAACUUGAGGAUAUGGGAGCUAGACAGGUCUUAUAUUUCGGCCUUAAAUUAUCAUUUUCAGCAUUUAUAUACGCUGAUAUGUGCAUUAAAUUGCUAAAAACACAACCAGGAGGCUAUUAUUUCAAUAUACAACCGUCAUAUCGAGUUGUUGGAGACCUUCUCAUUAUCGGUGAUACUUGGCCAGUAGAAUUUUCUAUUGUUACGAAACAAGCUGCAGAGAACAAAAAUUUUCUGGAAUUUUUUAGAAACCUGAUGUAUCUUUCUUGCACCCAUGCAGAGCUAAAAAAUGCUUCAUCAACUGGAAUCUCUAAAAAGGGAAACAAAGAAUUGGUCAAAGUUGAUGAAAACAAAAUGUCAAAAAUAUAUGACACGAGUUCAGAUAUAUGGGCGAUAUGCCGUGAGCAAGAUUUAUCAGACGAAUCAUUGAGAGCAGCAAAAGCGCAAAGAUCCGCUGACUAUCAAAAAAUCAUCCGCGAGACUCUCGCUUAUAAUCGUGAAACAAAAAAACACACUGAAGCAGAGCUUAAUCUACGAGAAAAGUAUAAAGAUUUUCCAAUCUUUUAUCCUCGAUAUAACAUUCAAAAUGUUUUGGAUAACCCUCCUUUUUGGAUGAAGGUUUACACCGAGAAAAAGAAACUCAUUGAUCUAAUGAUUGGUGCAUCUGAUUCGUGUCGGAAAUAUGCAAGUUACAUGCAAUACUACAUGGCCGAUACAUCGGAGGAAUUACAAGGUGACUUUUUGUUAAGCGAGCAAGACGAAGAAAAUACCAAUGAAGAAGAACCUGGGUCAACUGAUAAAGCCAUUCCAUCUUCAAGCAAUACAACAUCAAUAGAUAAAGAGAGUGUUCCGAAUAUUUCAUCGAUUCCUAUUCUUGAGGAUGAAAGCUCAGUUGGCUCAUUGGUUGACAGUGCAAAGAACUCUCAAGAUCCAAAAUCAAGCAAGAAUAAAGCGGCGUCAUCCAACAAAAAACCUAACCCUCGCAACAGCACUCAAACAAUCCGCACAAGCAACAGAAACAAAUCAAAAUAAGAUUACACAGAGUCGAUAUAGCGAUUUAUUUUCAUACUUACAGUCUU